AAGCAGAUAGUAUCACAGAUCUGAAUCGUUGCUUAUCCUACUCUUCAAAGUUUAGAGUCCUUAUGGAAGGAGCAGGAAGGAAGAAGAGCAACCUGGUAGUAGUGGGACCAUGGGGAGGAAACGGAAGAUCGAGCUGGGACGAUGGUUGCUUCACAGGGGUGAGAGAAAUCACACUGGUUUAUGGAGAUUGUAUAGACUCCAUUCAAGUUGUUUAUGACAAGCAUGGUAAGCCUUUCAAAGCUGACAGACAUGGAGGAACCAGAGGCAACGAAACUGACGAGAUUAAGCUGCAGUACCCACAUGAGUUCUUGAUUGGUGUCAGUGGACAUUACUGUCCAGCGUGGCUUAACGGCACACCUGUCAUUCGAUCAUUGGUGUUUAAGAGCAACAUCACAACCUAUGGACCAUAUGGAGUUGAAGAAGGCACACCAUUUGACUUCACAAUGGAAGGAUGCAAAAUUGUAGGGUUUAAGGGGCGCAGUGGAUGGUACUUAGAUUCAAUUGGUUUCACUUUGUCUCCUAAACAAUCAAAAACCUUGCUUCAGAAACUGAAAAACUGCUUUGGAUGUGAUUAGCUUAUUUCAAAAGAUUUUGCAAUGUAUAAGAUAACUAUGUGAGAAGAAUUUUGUCUUACAAAACGUAAAAAAAAUUUUACGCAAUUCAAGACGAAAUUCUUUUCGCAUGUUUAUUCUAUACAACUCUUAAAGUAAGUUAGUAAAAUAC